GCAAUCGUUUAGAGGAGAUGGCAAAAAAAAUACAAGAACUGGAAAAUGCAAAGGAAGACGGUACAAAUUUAUUAGAAGGAUUAAAGGAAGAAGUAAGUGAACAGAGUAUGAGGUUUAAAGAGGAAUGUGCUCAGUUAGGAGAAAAUUUAGAAGAGAAGCUCAAAAAGAAUUGGGGGAAACUUGAAGACUAUGUAAAGGAACUAUCACAAUUACGUGGAGAUGCUAAAGAAAUAAGAAGUGGUUUAGAGGACAUGGAAAAUAAAAUACAAGAACUGGAGAAUGCAAAGGAUGACAGGAAAAAUUCAUUGAUUUCUGCAUCUUCGAUGCCCAGUCCGCAAGAAAAAGAUUCAAGGAUAGAAAUUAGGGCGGACGCCGUAGAAGAAACUUACACGGAGACGCCUCUGUCGCGAGAACAACCGUCUGUUCGGGAAACUUCAGCUUUUGUGGAGUCGCCUGAAGAUGACCUAGCCCUAAUCGGAGAGCUAAGAAAUAGAACUGUUACUCAAAGGAUAGCAACACGUUGUCAAGCACAUAUAGGAAACUGCUGGAGAACACUUGGAGUAUUUUUUGAAAUUGACGAGAGUGUACUUAACAACAUAGAGACUGAUUUCCCAACAGCUGAGGAAAAGGGAUUUAAAGUUCUAGAAAUAUGGAGGGAUAAGGAAGGGCGCAGUGCAACAGUGAGAUGUCUCGAAGAUGCCCUUCUUGAAAUAGGCAAGAGAAGAAUUGCAGAAAAUAUACUAGAUAUUGUUCGAGAAGAAAGAGGAAGGGAAAGCAAACAAAAAGGCGACAGGUCAAAAGAGGACGAGCCAAAUAGAGUGGCAAGACUCGAAAAUGUCAGAAAGAAGAAUCAGCCAAAACUCAAAACUAGAGGAGGCUUUAGGAAGUUGGAGAAUGAGUCUGAAAGAGUAAAAAGACUCGAAAACGUUAGAAGGGAUAAUGUGGAAAAUCGCAAACCUGCAGCAGGAGAACCUUCCAAGACACCGCUAAAAAAGAAAAGGAGCAAGUCAUCUGGUGCAACAAAAAAGAAAGCUGAUAUAGUUAAAGAGGCUGACAUAAAUUACUGAAAAAAUCAUACCGGUGAUAGAAAAUUCCUUAAGAGCGUCCUGAACAGGAAAUUCCCCAGCGGCGUCAUCAUAACUUUGCUAUGCUCUAUGUUAUCAACUCCGGCCUUUUUCAACAGCCGACGCGUAGAAACCAAAGGCUAGGAUGGAGAAGACUAACUAUGACUGGGGUGGAAUGUGGAGCAGAGUUCAAAACCGCAACCAGCUGCUCUCCAAAGCGAUUGAGAAUGGACUGUUGAUGACUAAAAUUUCGCCAGCAGCCGACUGAUUUCUAAUCUUGUUGUACGACUUUGGGCCAAUUUACCCCUCAAUAAUCGAAAGGUCCAUCAUAUUUUCGUUGCGUUCAUGUACACAAGUAAACAGUACGGCAAUUGGUAUAAAUAUGUGAAGCGACAACAUCUUAAGUCAGUGAUUUAUGUACCUGUCGGGGCGUAGGUUUUUCCUGAGCCAUUCGCGAUUACUGCUAAUUGCAAGCCUCCACGGUCACAUCUCACAAGGCUCUAACUUGCGUAACCCACGAGAUACUCUGACGUGACACUUUGUCACAUGACUCAUGACGUAACCCUACGUAGAACUGUCAAAGGUUAUUAGACUCCAUUAGACACCCGUACUAAGGGGGCCCGCACCGCUACUAAUAACAUAAUUAUUUAGCACACUAAAAUAACGUGUAAGCGAGCCAGUACUUUAUAACGUAGAUGUUUAUUAGUAGUCCAACAUUUCGAUACUUAGUAGAGAGAACUAAUAUUUUUCCACUCCAACUUGCUUGUAUCACAUUGAACGAAGAAUUAUUUGGCUGAUAUAUUUAAAAUGCUCCUUGUUUCUCCAGCUUAUAAAAGCGUAUGCUAAUGUCUUUAUGCCCGUUGUUUAGUGCACUGCUAAUUUAAUCAACUAACUAUUGCAUUCAACACAUGACUUUGCCCUCUCGCAGUUUUUUUUUUAUUCAUAAUAAUAUUUCUUUCUUCGAUUUUCAUGAGCUUUCUCGUGGUCAGGAAUUGUCUACUUUUCAGCUCAAAAUUACUCUGAAAGGGAAGAAAAUCAAACAAGAAAUUGUGUUCGGGCCACUUUCACUCUGAAAUCCAUACUCGGGGACACACUAUGGUAGGAACUGAACUGCCCGCUGAAAAGAUUCUGCGCACAUUUCCGUGCCAUAUGAAGGCUGUUACUUGCAUAUUCUAUUAAUAAUAUCAUGGCAAACCGCUGUCUAGGACAAUAAAAACAGAUUCACAUACCGAAGAAAUUUUCUGCAUUCCUUCUCUAACCACAAUUCAAUUAGGCAGGUCAAUACAGGGCGACGUGGGAAACUGUUGGAAGGACCUUGGAGUAGUUCAUAAAAUACCAGAAAGCGAACCUCACAAUAUAGGGAAAAACUUAUAAACAUGCUAAAGGAAAAGGACUUGCUGUACU